UCUGGCGUCGGCGUCUGAACCAGAGGUGCAGGUGAAGAAAAGAGCGGGGAGCUGCUGCGCACGCGCGAGAGAGCCGCGGGGGAAAGGUCUGCUUGCAAGAUGCUGCGGCGGAAACCGACGCGGCUUGAACUGAAGCUGGACGACAUCAAGGAGUUUGACGGUGCCCGCAAGGAACUCGAGAGUCGUAGGAAGCGCGAGGAGGUGGACGUGGUGGGAGCCAGCGAUGGUGAGGGUGCGCUGGGACUCAACACUGAUCAUAAGAGCCGGGAACAGAUGAUACAUGACCGAAUUGGCUACAAACCCCAGCCCAAACCAAACAACCGUUCAUCUCAGUUUGGGAACUUUGAGUUCUAG